GUCUUCUGCAACCAUGUUGAUCUUCUCUUGGUCUCUUGUGGCCCUGCUGCUGGUUUCCUCGUCCUGGGCUGAGGAAGAGGUCGCUGCCGUCCAGGAGGACACAUCCAAGGAGCUGUCCGUUGGCGAGCUGCUGGAGAGAGCCAACAGACACCGCACCCCUGACUUUGAUGAACCCCCCCUGAUUGGAGGCGACAUUGCUGUCAAGCCUGAUGCUGACAGAAACGCUGACCCUUGCACCUCCAGAGGAUGUAUGUGGUUGAAAUACACCGAUGGGAAAGUCUACAUCCCCUACUACAUUGCUAACCACUACUCUUCCCGGGAAGCGGCCAUCAUCAUUCGUGGACUGGAGUCUUUCUCUUCGGUUUCCUGCAUCCGUUUCAGACCAUACCAGAAUGGAGAUAAUGAGUGGUUGAGCAUUGAGUCCAGGAACGGCUGCUACUCCUAUGUGGGCCGCCAGGGCGGCGCUCAGACCGUGUCCCUGAGCCGACAGGGCUGCCUGUACCACGGUACCGUCCAGCACGAGCUGCUCCACGCCCUCGGCUUCAACCACGAGCAGACCCGCUCUGACAGGGACAACCACAUCAGAGUGCACUGGGACAACAUCAUUGACGGCAUGGAGUACAAUUUCUAUAAAAUUGACACUCUGAACCAGGGAACUUCUUAUGACUACAACUCUGUUAUGCAAUAUGAGAGGUAUGCCUUCUCCAAGAACAACCUUCCCACCAUGGAGCCUAUUCCCAACAGCAACGUGUCCUUCGGCCAGGCCACCCAGAUGAGCCAGAACGACAUCGACAGGCUGAACAGACUCUACAACUGCUAAAUCACAGCUGUGACCUUUGAACUGCCACCCUGAUGACAUCACAACAGGAGGGAGAUCAGGAUUUUGGCCAGAUGACAGUUUUGGUCGCAGACUUAUAAAAUCUGGGUUUACAGUUAAAUAAAACUGCAAAUAAAAUACUUGAGUUAAAAACA